AUGGAAUACGGAAGGGUAGGAGACUCUGGCCUUUACGUUUCCAAAAUUAUUCUCGGUACCGCUAGUUAUGGAUCUUCCCGCUGGCAAGACUGGGUUUUGAACGAGGAAGAUGCCUUGCCGUUGCUAAAACAUGCCUUUGACGUCGGAAUUAACACCUGGGAUACAGCCGAUGUGUACUCCAAUGGUCGAUCCGAGGAAAUUAUUGGCAAGGCACUCAAACUAUAUGAUAUCCCUCGAGAGAGAGUCGUGAUUCUCACAAAAGUUUUCUACGCACUUGACCCCGAUGGACAACCUCCGAUAGCUAACUUGAUGGACAAAGCUCAGCCAGACUUAGUCAAUCGUGUGGGGUUGUCACGCAAACAUAUUUUGUCUGCAGUGUCUGAAAGUGUGCAAAGACUAGGAACCUAUAUUGAUAUCCUACAAAUCCAUCGCUUUGACAAAGACGUUAAUCCUACUGAGGUUAUGAGGGCUUUGAAUGACGUCGUCGAAAGUGGACAAGUACGAUACCUGGGCGCCAGCUCCAUGGCAACGUGGGAGUUUCAAAAACUACAAUAUAUUGCGGCAAAGAACGGCUGGCACAAUUUCAUAUCAAUGCAAAACUACUACAACCUCCUGUAUCGUGAGGAGGAACGUGAAAUGAUCCCAUUCUGCCGAGAUAGUGGCAUCGGCCUGUUUCCGUGGAGCCCCUUGGCGCGAGGUGUACUGGCUCGGCCCUGGACUGAAAAAGGCACUUUUCGCGAGCAGACAGACAAGUUGUUGCAGAGCCUUGUCCGUAAGAACGAGACUUGUGCAGAUAGGGAGGUCAUCCAGCGCGUUACUGAAGUUGCACGACUCUGGGAGAUUGAAGAGAAAGGAAUCAUGUUUUAA